AUGCGACGGGAUAUUUGCUCUACUUCCGAGCCAACAUGGCAGGACAACGUCGAUACCCUCGAUCCAGACCCCGCCAAUGGCCAGCCGUCAGAGACUGGGGCCGAGGGUCCGCAGUACGACGAAGACCCUUCGCUUUGGGACCCUGAACACUGGCAAUCGACACCUGUCUCCAUGCACGAAGACCGAGAAUUCAAACAGAAGAUUCACGAGGGAUUUCAAAGCAAAGUGGAAGUCAUGAACAUGGUCCUGCCACCAAAGGCACCCAUCAUCCCUGACCCUGACCAUCUUAUCAAAAGAGUGCAUGACCUCCGUAUCUCGCUAGCUCUUUCCUCGAUCUUCUACAUUAUCAAGGCAAAGGACUACGACACCGCCCUGAUCGAAGCGCGAAGCACUCUCAAAAGGGCCCAGAAACUGGAGGGCGGCAGCGGGUCUGUAGCAAGAUGUCACUACUAUCUGGGCCGCAUUCAGUUCUUGCGCAAGAGAUACAGCCAUGCGUACCAGGAAUUUAUGGCUACACAGACUUGUUGCCCUGCUGGUCUCGAUAUAGAAGAAUCUCCUGAGGUGGAGUACUGGUUGAAGGAAUGUCGUUCUGCAAUAGCACGCGAGCAACGUGCUCGCCUCCAGUUACCAGCAGACGAAAAGGUAAAUGGACAGGAGAGGAGAAAGGAAAAGGAACAACACACUCGCUGCAAGUCAGCUGCACCGGGAAAACGCAAAUGGGAUCCCGCUCCCUUCGACUUGGUUAUUCGGUCUAAACCCCAGCUACAGACAGAGACCCGGCACCCACCAGUGAAAAAGGAAAAACGUCCAGCCAAACCAAUCGUGUGGAUGGUUCCUGACACCGAAGAUCUUCCUCGCACUCGCGAGUCCAAAGCAAGCGUUGAAAUCGCAAGCCCCUCUUCUGAAGGUCUGGACUGGACCCAGACUGGUGAACCUCGAAUCAAGCAGAGUCGGUUUACUGUUCGAUGUUACCCAGAGCCGCAGGUGCCGCGUCGACGAUCAAUGAGCCUGUUCAAGAGUCUUCCUGAGGAAACAUCUACGGAGAUGAACUGA